AUGGAGAACUCAGGUGCAAUAUCGCCAAUCGACCGACGCAUGGCGAGAGCACAAGAAACGGCCCUAGCCCGAUUCUACGGUCUCCCAAAAGUGCACAAAGAGGGCGCUCCUCUCCGGCCUAUUGUAUCACUAAAGGGCACUCCAACCUACGGACUGGCAAAUUGGCUGUUCCAACGUCUCAAAUUUCUGACCUCCGAUUCGAACACCACAGUCAGCUCGUCAACGCAAUUCUUGGAGAAACUUAAAGGAGUAAGUCUCAUGCCAAGCGAUAUCAUGGUUUCCUUUGAUGUCACAUCCCUUUUUACUUCUAUCCCGCAAGACCUGGCAGUCGAGACAAUCGAACUACUCCUACGAGAGAAGUACGACAAAACGGAGAAUCGCCUCGAACACGCCCAAAUCAUCCAGCUCCUGAAGUUCUGUCUCAAGACGUACUUUACGUUCGACGGAACAAUCUACGAGCAGGUGAAGGGAACGCCAAUGGGUUCGCCGAUGUCGGGACUCAUAGCCGAGGCGGUCCUUCAACGGCUGGAGUCGCUGGUUUUCCGACACCACAGACCGAAAUUCUGGGCUCGCUAUGUGGAUGACAUCUUCGUCGACAUCGAACGGGAUCAGGUGCUGACUUUCAAAGAACAACGCAACGCCGUCUUCCCGGACAUUCAAUUUACGAUGGAGGAGGAGGAGGAGGAGGGGGAAAACAAUCAGCUGGCCUUCCUGGAUGUCCUCGUCUGCCGCAAAGAUUGUGGUGGCCUAAAAACCAAAGUGUUCAGGAAAGCGACAAAUACGACGCAAAUACUGAACUUCAAUAGCAACCACAUGAUCAGUCACAAACGCAGUUGA